AUGCAAAGUGGUGUUGUCACUUCUCUCUACUUACUUUGUUGCAUCUUAAGGAUAGUCAAGAUCAAAGAUUUGGCAAAUACCAUUGUCGCUGCUCUUUUUUAUCCCUUAGAGACCUUUAUAAAAUUUUCUAGGGGUAAAGUCAAUGGCUAUUCAUCUGAUCAUGGUUUUACAUCCGUAAGCAAAGAACAAGAUGAUGAUAAUAUUGCCAAGUGCAAAGCAGAAGGCUUGACAGUGGAUGUUCCAAACUCUUCUAGGUCUUCAGAUUUAUACCCUGAAAGUGUUAUGGAGGUUUUGCUCACAUAUGUUACUAAAGGGGAUGAUGUACAAGUUUUGGGUUCUCUGAGCGUGCUUGCUACUUUACUGCAAACUAAAGAACUUGAUGAAUCCAUGCUAGAUAGGCUUGGAAUUCUUCCACAACGGAAACAGCACAAGAAACAGUUAUUGUUCCCUAAACUUGUAAACGUGUAUGAGUUAAAACUUGAGUUUAACAAGCAUGCUAACAAGUACUCUCUACACAUCCCUGAAUCAGCCAAGCAAGCUUUGGUUGGCGAGACUUCAGGUGAAGAACAACUUUUUUCUUCUGAAAAUGGCUUGAUGAGGGAUAGCAUUAGCUGUGAGGUCAAUGUCUAUCUUGAAAAGAUUAAGAGGGAAUUGGGGAUGGCUGAUCAUGAUCUCAAGGAUUUACCAAAGGAUCAUGGCUUAUUUGCUUCCUUCUCCCUUAAGGAUCCCUAUGUUGUAUCUUUCAAUCCUCCAGCUGUUCUGACCUGGCUUAUGCAACUGGAUUCUCAUGAGCCAAUAACAAACUGGCCAAACCUCAUAAAUUGGUUAAUGAAUUUCAAAAAAAUGAAGGAAGAACAGGAGCUCUACGGUUUAGAUUUUCUCUGUACUGAUGUUUUAACAAGCCCAAGUGUCCCUAGAUUUCAGGUGCUCGAUGCAUUAGUUAGCCUGUUCUGCCGUUCAAAUAUAUCUGCAGAGACACUGUGGGAUGGUGGUUGGCUCUUACGCCAAUUGCUUCCUUACAGUGAAGCGGAAUUCAAUCAUCAUCACCUGGAAUUGCUACAGGUUUCAUACAAGAAUUCUGUUAGUGCUCUUGUAAAGGAGGUUAGAGGUUUCUGGCCUGACUUUCUUAUUACCGUGCUUUGCAAUGAGUGGAAAAAGUGCAAAAGAGCAAUGGAGUCGUCAUACCCUCCAAAAGAACCAAAGUGCGUACUUUUUCCUUCUCAGGUGAAAUCCUCAAAAGAAGAUAUACCUGAGGGCUCAUCAUUUGCUGCUGGAGAAAGAAUGCAUGAGUUGGCAAAGGUAUUUGUAGUUCUGCACCAACUUCAAAUAUUCACUCUAGGUAAACCUUUACCCGAGAAACCUCUUAUUUAUCCUCCUGGUGAUCUCCCAGUGAAUUCUCGCGCCCAGGCUUCUGGACUUGAUUCGUCAGGACCUAAACCAGGAACUGAAGUCAGCCUUGGUAAAUGUUUCUAA